ACGGUGGAGCAUCUCCUCUCUCUCACCCUGCAUGCCUUCCCUCCCCACGUUCUCGACGCCCCGCCUUCCUCCUUCCUCUCACCCCCCCACACACCCCCUUACAUUGCCCGACCCACAUUACCCCCUGCUCUCUCUGCGGGUGGUUGACCCUUGGGUGGUGGAAUGGAGAGUUUGGAAUUAG